UUUUUCUAUUGGAUAAUUUUAGAGUUCAAAUAAACACCAGUAAGUUGAGAUUGGAAAACUCUGACAAGAAAGCUUUAAUUCCCACCCCCCCUGCACAGAAACAUGUGCAUUCAUGCUUGUGGUGUUUAUGCAGGAGAGAUCAAGCCACGGCUGGUUUGCUCUUAAUACAAACACUCGGCCGUGGAGGGUUUUUCUGCCGGUUGGUAACCACUCCACCCACUCCAGUUCCCUAAAUGAGAGGUUUUAUUUCUCCCCUCAGCAUAAAGUCCACACAGACACCUUGUAGGCUUCCCUUUUUAGACCAAAUCUUAUUUUCCUUUUUUCUACUUGCUGCUUGGUUUUGUGUGGAAAAUUCCAGUAGAAGUUAAUGAUAAAUGUCCUUCUACCAUUCAUCUGACCAUAAAGAAGAUGAAGUCAAUAUACUAAGACCAAAUUUACACAGUAGCUUUACAUUAUGUUUAGCUGCUGUCUUGGGGAGAACAGUAGAUGUUUAUGCUGAUAAUUUAACUUUGUUUUAAUAUCUUCUUUUUUCUAGUGCAUAAGGUGUCUGGUUUUUAAUGGUGUGAUCUAAUUUCGACAAGCUGAUUUUGGACUACUCUAUAUACUGUGUAAACAAAUAAGCAAAAGUCUGUUCAUUUCCAGCUCAUCUGUGGAGCAGGAAAGGAACAAUUCCUCGAUUGCUAAAUGGAAAUGCAGAAAUGCAAGCAGGGAAAAUGUGCAAUAAUUUGUUGAACACUGAGGACUUUGCUCAGCUGCUGAGAGUUUGUAGAUAAUGGACCAGUGGGGAAGAUCUUGUUCCUAAUAUUUCAAUAUUUUGGCUUCUGUGUUUAGUACAAAGGUAAGAUGCUGGCAUGUUCAGAUUAUAUGCUCAGGUGUCUGCCCUGUCACCUUCUGUGACAAACGGCCUGUUUCUGCAGCAAAGGUCACUUGGAUCAGUGGGGAUGGGAAAAAUAGCUCCAGCUUUGUAUCUGCUGCUGGAGAUACGUUUAUGCACCAGCUCCUUUUCAGACAGAACGUGAACCUGGAAAGCUGAUGGGGCUUUGAUCCGAGUGUGACAGAUGAUGUUGAAUUUGAUGCUAAGAAAUGUCUGAGGUUUCUUCUGAGCAUGUUUCACCAGGUUACUUCCUAACUUCUCAUUUCAUGGCAGGGGCAGUGCUCAGUCCUCUUUGUUUUUCCUGCUUCCACUCGCAGCCAGGCACUUUUGCAAAAGACUGUUGUGACCAAAAUGGAUAUGUGGCUGCCUGUCAGAGAAAGCCAAAAAGCAAAGAGAUCUCUUAGCAGAAAAAUCUGGGAUUGAAAUUUAAGACAAAACUACUUGUGUCAUAUUUUCAGUGCAUAAAGAACUGACAUUGGGGGUGUUCAUGUACUUCAUUACAUCUUUUUCUGAACGGAAGCAGCAGUAUUUCAUCCUCAUAUCACCUUGAAAUCCUAAUGAAAUCCUCUGACAAUAAGCUGGAGCGUUCCCCUCUUCAUACACGACUUCUGUUCCCAAGUCUCCAUCGGUGCAAAUGUGACUUGAAGCAAACCUGAGUUUCCUCUGCUGUGAACUUUUCACGAGCCCACUGGGAGGGGCGGGAGAAAGCAGAGGGUUGCAGGAGGAGGUAGUGUCUGUGCAGCUCAGACCCAAGGAGGAUGCUGGCCUUGCCUGGCAAAGACGACUCUCCUGGAAGAUUUACCAGAUUGUAACAGGCACUUCUGCCAGCAGAGACCACACGCAGCUUCUAGUCCACCUCUGUAAGUAUUACACCCAGAAAACAAGGAUGUCACGGAGCUGCUCUGGCUCUGAAUCAGAGCAUUUUAGCCUCAGCAGAUUGAGGCCCUUGUUGUUUGCUGUGCCCACCCUGGGAAGGCCACCGCUGCCCUGCACACUGAGGAGGGAGCAAAGCCCUUGAGCGCUCUGCUUGGUUUCAGGGUUGGCUGCCCCAAUGGCUCCUGUGUUCCUUCCCGUGCCGCGGGAUCUCUGGCUGGAGGGGAGGCAUUCCAGGAGCAUCCCCACGUCCUCUGGGAAGGGCUUGCCAACAACUGUUCGUGUGUGCGCUGGCCUGCCAGGGUGACGGAUGCCUAACAGCUUGUCUGCCUAUGGGGUGUUAGGUACAAAUUUGAGAGGGUGGAGCUGUCUUCAGCAGGAGGUGUGCUCUGGAAGUCAGAGUGUGAGACUCCGCUCGGCUUUGCACUCUGUCUAUCCACUUGCUGUUGUGAAGGAAAUUUUUUUUAUUGUGACUUUACUGGACAAAAUUUUUAUUAUACCAGUGAAAUUUCCAAGUUGUUUAAUACUUUGAAGAGUUUUAGGAAUUCCUGCCAACACUUUUCCUGAGGGAAGCCAUGCCCUACCACAGAGUCCUUCGCCUGGUCCUGCUAAUGCUGUGUGGCAUCCUGGUCCCUGCUGUGCUGGCAGAGUACCCCCAGGGCCCAGUCCCCACCCUCUGGAACGAGCCCCCCGAGCUGCCCUCUGGAGCCGGCCCCUUCGAUGCUGCCACCACCACAGCCCGGCUCUCGGACGCCACCACCUUCCCCCUGUACACGUCCGAGCUGGAGCCCGAGGACACCACCCACCUGCACCGCCUGGACGCCGGGGAUGGCUCGCUGGGGCCCGGAGCUAUUGGAGCCAUCGUCAUCGCCUCCCUCCUGGGUACAUCUGUGCUUGUGGCCUUGGUUGUCAUCACGCUGAGAAAGUUCUCGGCCUCCUGAACUCAAUAAAAGAUUUUUCAGUAA